UUCACGGCUUGUUGCUGUUGAAUAAUUUGAGUGUCUUCAGUACCCUGGGUUCUUCAGAAAUGUCCACUCUGUUCCCCUCUCUGUUCCCUCGUAUGACUGAAUCGCUCUGGUUUAACCUGGACCGUCCGUGUGUGGAUGAAGCUGAACUACACCAGCAGGAGCAGCAGCAUCAGACUUGGUUGCAGAGUAUUGCAGAGAAAGACAACAACCUCAUGCCCAUUGGAAGACCCAUCUUUGAGACUUUUGAUGAAGAGGAGGAAGAGGAUGACGAAGAUGAAGAGGACAGCGAGGAAGACUCUGAGGAAGAUGAAGACAUGCAGGACAUGGAUGAGAUGAAUGACUACAAUGAGUCGCCGGAUGAUGGAGAGAUCAAUGAGGUGGACAUGGAGGGAGCUGACCAAGACCAGGAUCAGUGGAUGAUCUAAACCUCACCCAUCCAUCCUCUACCUCUCUGAUCUCUCUGCAAGUGGCGCUGUGCAGAGGAAU